CAGUUACAUGCAUGCAGCACUCUUGAUAACAUCUGCAAAGUCAACAGUCACUGAAAACGUGCAAAAUGGCAGAAACCAUACAGAAAGACUAUUCCUACUACAGAAGGUGGACGUAUGAGUUUCCAAUUGGUAUCCUAACAGCAAUUCUCAUUGUUGGAUUGAUUUCUAUUAUCUUGACAUCUAUUUGCAGAAAAGUACUGCCAAAAUGGACAAAGAAGUCGUAUGUCUAUCCAUGGCAGAUUCGUUUCUUUCUCGAUGGUUUUCGAGACGCAAUGCUCCGUACAACCAACUUCCUACUCUUUGAGUUUGAACACGAGAAAGCAGUUGAGAAACACGAGUACCGACUGUAUGGAAUCCAAGUUCACCUCUAUGUACUACAGUAUCUCUUCAUUGUUCUCCUGACUAUCUUGUCUUUUUGCGUACUUACAUUCUGGAACAACUUCCUGGCUGAAUCUACUGUGGACAGCUGUGAUUCGCUAUAUGACUGCUUUCCAAUACACCGAGCAAACCAGACACCUAUUUCAAUACCUGCAAUUACAAACUGUGAUGACUUCUCGAUCAACGAAAACACUACAGUACUCUGCUACCGAUUGGUGUACAGGUACUCUGAAGGACUUGGAGAGGCUGGUGGGUUUCUGUUCUCCAUGCAAGUGAUAACAAACCUACUCAUCUAUUGCGUUGUCAGAAUGGUUAGAGCAAUGCUCAAGAUAACGAAAAUAGCACUCCGUCGAAAAAUUUCUCAGUCAAACGAUCAAAAGCUGGACAAAAAAAGGGUUUUCUGUAUCUCUAUUAUUUCUAAAGUUUUAGUUGUAUCGAUUGUAGUGGUAUUGUAUUCAUUGAUCUUUGUACUGUGUCCGUUAUGGCUACUUUUAGACAGGCAAGACUUCGAGGAAACUCUUAGGACACCAGAUCGUCAGCUGCAGCUGUAUCUGUACGAGUACACAAUCUUCGUAUUGUUUUUAAUCCCAUGUAUUGUGGGGGUAGGGAUAUACAGCAGUCAGCUAUUCGACUCCAUUGAUGUCGAAGCAUAUAUCAACCCGCCCGAGGUUCAGAGAAAUACUGGUGAGCAGCCUCAGAACGAUCAAACAGCGGAAAGCCAAAACAAGAUUAAGGCUCAGAGAAAUACUCAGUCUCAGAACGAUCAAACAGUGGAAAACCAAAACAAGAUUAAGGCUCAGGGAAAUACUGGUGAGCAGUCUUAGAACGAUCAAACAGUGAAAAACCAAAACAAGAUUAAGACUACAAGAUGUUAAUGACUUAAAUCGUUUACUGAUGAAAAAAUAUCUUUAGAAUUUUUAGUUUUA